UACCAAAACUAGCAAAGAAACAACAACAGAAAAAUGAAGUGACCGAAGCACCCAAAGACAGUACAAUGAAAACAGCCACCCUGGAGACAACCGCAUCAACCCCAACACAUCAAAAACCCAAGAAGGCAACCCACGAGGAAAAGAUCCAGGAACUAUGGAGCGAUGAGCAAGAGGCACACAAAUACAUCAGAAUUGAUGACUCCGAUGCGGAGAUGGAAGGAAUGGAGACAGACAACAACAAUUGGAAAAGCAAGACAGGAGAAGAAGAGCAAUG